AUGGACCCGAACAGGCUAGACAUCGCGCGAGAAGUCGGUGAACGUGCGCUCACCUCGGACUCUGGCUCUGACUCUGAGGUUGAGGAUGGUAUUUCGAAUAAACGCACCACUCCCCGAGAAUAUUACGGUCUCUCACGGAUUCCAUCCCGCUCACUAUUCCACGAACAUCGCAUAAGAGCAUAUCUAAAUUCCAUUGAGAUAUUGGCCUUUCCCGAUAGUUGCUCUGGGCUCAACAUUAUUUCGGAGAGCUUUUUGCGGCGCCACAGCCUUUCUCUCAAUACCAACAUCGACUACUCCGCCAGGCUACCCAAUGGCAAACUCGUUAAGUCCUUGGGCUCUCUCAACCUUACCUUUCGAUUUAACAGGCAGCACAAGGGCUAUAGAUUGCCCUUUACCGUCUUACAGAAUUGCGUACACGAUGUGGUUCUCGGCAGUGACUUCCUGCGGCAGACCGAGACGCUCACCAAAUAUCUGGGACGGAUUGAAUGGUUCCGCCGACCGCCUGCAGGCUCAAUACCACGGGUAUGUUUUGUCAAUAAUCCACAGCAAGUGGUUUUGGGAUCUAUCAACGGACAGCUGGUUUCCGCCUCUCCGGACACAGGGUCGGACGUCAACCUGAUAUCCAAACUCUGUGCAACGGUACUUGGUCUGAAGAUUGACACUGUCUCGGAUCGGAUCACGACUUUAGAGUUCAUCGACGGUUCGACGGUCCCUACUUUUGGGAUGGUUUCUGGUGUUCACUGGAGGUUUGGCGCAGAUAACGAUGCUCAGUCGCCCCCGUCUUUGGAUAAACGCACAAAGGUGCAAGAAUGGGACUUUGGAACCAAUGCAUCACCUGGGGACACCUAUCUCUGCGACUUUUACGUUCUCGAACACCUCAUGUUCCCUGUCAUACUCAGCUCCGAUCUCCUCUUAGGUUCAAACGCAUUCGCAGCCUGUGGCCGCAAUUUCCACCUGACUAGCGUAUUGGGGAAGCGACGCAGAGAAGAUGUCGAUGUAUGCUUCAUUCGCGCAAAGAAGCCUCGGCCUUCGUGGCGCGAAGUGGUGCUCGGGAGACGGGCGAGUUAUACACCCAGCAGCGUCACCCCAGCCCAGGCAUGGGAGAACGAGCUCCGACGGCGCGGCGACGAAGCCGACCGGAUCGCUGACUUACCACCACACGAGCGAGUCGCAGCGCAGGAAGCGGAGAAUCAAAGGAUAGAACAGUGGAACGCCGGUCAAGGCCGAGCUACACCACGGCAAAAUCCCCCACCACCUUCCCAAAAUGUACCUUCGGCAUUCCAAUCGCAACCCUAA